GUAUCUACAACAAUAACACAAUUAGAUUAAGAUAAAAUGGCUCGUGGUCACCAAAAAAUCCAAUCUCAAGCUAAAGCCCAAGAAAAACAAGCCAAAUUGAAGAAACAACAAGGACACAGUGCUACUGACCAAAAGAAAGCGGCACUGAAAGCCUUAGUUUAUAUCUGUGCCGUAUGCAAAUCUCAAAUGCCUGAUCCUAAAACGUACAAACAGCAUUUUGAAAAUAAACAUCCCAAAAAUGAUAUGCCACCAGAGUUGAAGGACGUCUAAAGUAUUCAGCUGUCUUUUGUUUUAUAAACAAAACAGAAAAACAUAGACGCGCACCCGCCUCUGACUUGAGGAUUACUGCUAGCAGCUUGCUGUAUAAUCUUGUAAUUAAAAUAGCUGUUUAUUUAAUUAUCUACACAUUUACUUUUUU